CUCCCCCGGGCCCGGCUUCGAGGAUCUGAGAAAGCAGAAGCGAGCGGCGCUCCGGAGAGUCCCACCGGAGCCGGGAUCUGGGAAGAGAAACUUGCGGGCGGGGCUGGGGCCGCGCCCCGCGAUCUGUGUAGCGCUCGGAGGAGAGGUCCUGGGUCCAGGAGGAGUCCUGCGUCACCACCCGGCCCGCCUCGUCUCGCUGGAAGACCGAAGAUCCGGCCCUUUCCCCUGCUGCGCCGUCUUCGCCUAGUGGGUUGCGCCUGACCCGCCCCUCCCCGCCGGGCCCGCCGCUCCACUCCGGAGGAGGGGCCGUCGGCGCGGACAGGACCGGCCCGCAUCCCCGAGAGGCGGCCGUCGCGGACCCGGAGCCCGAGCUUCCACCCCCUUCCCGCACCCUCUCAACUCUGCCGGCCCUCCGCUGGACGCCCCUGUGCCCCCCGCAUCGUGCCUCCCAGGGUCCCGGAUCCCCGAGCGGCCCCCCAUCCCCUCGCCCACUCCUCGUAUCCCGCGCCGGGUCCCCUGAGCCAAUCUGGGCCCCUGAUCUCCACCCCCGGAUCCCCAGGGCGGCGCGGGUCAGGUCCCCUCGAGCUCCGCCGGCUGCCAGGGCAGGACCGCGCUAUGCUCCGGCUCCUGGCGCUGUUGCUCCCGCUGCUGCCGCCGCCCGCGCGCGCCCGGGAGCCCUCCGCGCAGGACGUGAGCCUGGGCGUGGACUGGCUGACCCGCUAUGGCUACCUGCCGCCACCUCACCCUGCCCAGGCCCAGCUGCAGAGCCCUGCAAAGCUGCGGGAUGCGAUCAAGGUCAUGCAGAGGUUUGCGGGUCUGCCGGAGACAGGCGUCCUGGACCCUGUGACAGUGGCCACCAUGCAUAAGCCCCGCUGCUCCCUGCCUGAUGUGCUGGGGGCGGCGGGGCUGGUCAGGCGGCGCCGCCGGUAUGCUCUGAGUGGCAGCGUGUGGAAGAAGCGAACCCUGACGUGGAGGGUAAACUCCUUCCCCCAGGGCUCAAUGCUGAGCCAGGAGACAGUGCGGACCCUCAUGCACCAUGCCUUGACCACCUGGGGUGUUGAGUCAGGCCUUGAAUUCCAGGAAGUGGGUUCUCAGGGCCCGAUGGAGCCUGAUAUCCUCAUCGACUUUGCCCGGGCCUAUCACCAGGACAGUUACCCCUUCGACGGGCAGGGGGGCACCCUCGCCCAUGCCUUCUUCCCUGGGGAGCACUCCAUCUCUGGGGACACUCACUUCGAUGAUGAGGAGACCUGGACUUUUGGGUCAAAAGAUGGCGAAGGGACGGACCUGUUUGCCGUGGCUGUUCAUGAGUUUGGCCACGCCUUGGGCCUGGGCCACUCCUCAGCGCCCAACUCCAUCAUGAGGCCCUUUUACCAGGGCCCGGUGGGCAACCCCACCGAGUACCGCCUGUCCCAGGACGACCUCGAAGGCCUGCAACAGCUCUACGGGAAAGCACCCCAAACCCCACUUGACAAGCCCACAAGGAAACCCCUGGCUCCUCCUCCCCCGCCCCCUGCCCUGCCCCCGGACAGCCCCUCCCAACCCGUUCCUGAUCGAUGUGAUGGCCAUUUUGACGCCAUCGCCAACAUCCGAGGCGAAACUUUCUUCUUCAAAGGCCCGUGGUUCUGGCGCCUCCAGCCCUCGGGACAGCUGGUGUCCCCCCGGCCCGCCCGGCUCCACCGCUUCUGGGAGGGGCUGCCGGCCCAGGUGAAGGUCAUCCAGGCCGCCUACGCCCGGCAUCCGGACGGCCGGAUCCUUCUCUUCAGCGGUCCGCAGUUCUGGGUGUUCCAGGACCGGCAGCUGGAGGGCGUCGCGCGGCCGCUCACGGAGCUGGGGCUGCCCCCGGGAGAGGAGGUGGACGCCGUGUUUUCUUGGCCGCUGAACGGGAAGACCUACCUGAUCCGGGGCAGGCGGUACUGGCGGUACGACGAGGCCGCAGCGCGCCCGGACCCCGGCUACCCGCGCGACCUGAGCCUCUGGGAGGGGGCACCGCACGCCCCCGACGACGUCACCGUCAGCAACACAGGUGACACCUACUUCUUCAAGGGCGCCCACUACUGGCGCUUCCCCAAGGGUAGCGUCAAAGCCGAGCAGGACUCCCCCCAACCAAUGGGCCCUAAGUUUCUGGACUGCUCCGCCCCCAGACCCCCCAAAGCGACCCUUAAGCCAGGAGCCUGCGACUGUCAGUGCGAGAUCAGUCAGGCGGCAGGGCGGCCGUCCGUGCCCCCCCUGCUGCCCCUUCUGCCCCUGCUGGUGGCGGGCUUCGCCUCCCGCUGAGGGGGGACCGCCCGCCACACGGAAGGGACCAGAUCUCCCACCGCGGGCCCUUUGUCCCCGGAGGCGGAGCUCAGCGAGGAUGCACCUGGGCGGAUGCGGGUGGAGUUAAGCCCUGGGAAGGCCAAGAGGUGGUGACAGGACUAGCCCUGGCACUGAAUGCCCCACUUGUUUGGCCUCCUAGUUCUCUCCUUCCCCUCCCCUGGCAACCCGGACUCCGGCCUGGCUUCGACCCCGCAGGACUCUUAUUUUCCCGGAAUACCUAGCCUUUCCCGGAGCUCAGCCGGCUGACUCCCUGCAGCCUUGGACCCGCCUGACAACAGCAGCUGUCCCAAGCUGUUCGGGUCUUUACAGGACAGGCCUGCCCGGGACGCUGAACCCCAGGCUGGCUCUCCUCCUGCUGCUCUGACGUUUCUCACCCUGCCCUGCUUCCAUGAAGUCCCAGUCAAGCCAUAUUGGUGGGGACCCCAAACCCAGCCCUGAGACCACCCCUGAGCACUAGUGUCCCAAGUUCUGGGUGGACCUUCUUUUUAGUCACCACGCUGGUACCAGAAAUGCCUACGUUCAAUAGGACACCAUCCUGUUCCUAAAACGCCUCUCCCCACCUCCACACCUGAGCCUCUGCCACCUCCUUCUGAACUGCUUGGCUCCGUCAGCUCAAUGCUGGUGGAAAGACAGUGGACUGGUCCCUUCUCAGUCCAGGGCCACUGGCUCCUCAGCUUUCCUGGGUGAUGAGUGGGUGGAACCUGGGCCACCUCAUUGACCCCACUGCAACCUCCCCCCUGCCCACUAUCCACAGAAUUCAGGAUCUAAAUCAGUGCCUCUGCAACUAUGCUUUUGGAAUAUUACACAACAGAAUGACCCACUAAACUUAAAAAUGCAGAUUCCAUGCCCUCGCACUGAAUGCUCACUCUGGGCCUGGGGCCAUGAAUCUGCAUUUGAACAAGCUGGGGUCGGGGUGGGGGUGGCCCUGCUGGGCAAGGGAGCUGGGCCAGCAGCUGUCAUCUCUGUGUCUCUGCCUUGUGGCUUUUCUGUGUCUCUGCCAUGUUCUCUCUCCCAGGGGCCAACCCCUUCCUGUUGUCUACAAAGCCCAGCUGAUGGCCUUGGUUGAGAGAGGUCCACCCCCCAUGUGUGGAGUCACUUAGCAGCCACUUCUUUGGUUGGUACCCAGCUUCAGCGGCCCCACAGUGCUGCCCAGAGCUGAGGCCAGUGGGGAUGUUGCCCACCUUGGUCACGAGCAGGAGACCAGUAGGAGGGCGACAGCCAGGUGUCUUCAACCAGCCUGGGACCUGAAAAUUCAAGGCCACCAGAAAGCCAUCUGGGCCUCUGUUAGGAUCCUUGUGAAGUAUGAGGAGGAGGAAACUUGUAUUUGAAGAGCUUGUCAGCCCCACCAGGAGGACAAUAAAAAUGACGGGAGAGAAAGCCCUUCGUUUCUUCUGAGCACUGAUGGAGCUGGGGUGAAGUUCGGUGGCAAGAACUUGACAGACCCAAAUCACUCUGAUUUGCAGAAGAGGUUGGAAUCCAGCGUUGAUGGGAGACAGGGUGGAUGAGAAUGAAUGGGAGGAGGAACCCAAAAGUUGGUUGAAGGGAGCCCAGAGGAGGGAUGUCCCAUGUGAAAUUUGAGGCUGCUUUCACUGCUACAAUGGAAACUUCUUCUGCAGCCUUUAAGACUUCAUUAAGUCUGCUACACAAAAAUGCCACAUUAAAUUGAAUUAUAUUAUUUAAAGAACAGUACAGUCCCAUAAUAAAAAUGUAAAACUUU